AUGCGGUGCCUUUACGUAUUUAUCCUUUCCGUCCGCCCUCUCCUUUGUGCUGCUUCAGAGCCGUUCUCGCUGCCAAAUGUCAAUGCUACCUUUGCCACGAGUCCUAAGCCAUUCCAGAUUCAUGUUGAACGAGACUUCAUUGAGGAAACCCGUCAGCGGGUUGCUCAUACAAGGUCACCAUUGUUCAUAAAUGUGUCAAGCGAUGGCCCUGGUAUUGAGAACUUCACAAGCGUUCGUGAUUUCUGGGUGAAUGAGUAUGAUUGGAAUGCGACGGAAGCUUCUAUCAACAAGAGACUCAAACAGUUUACGACCAUUGUUGAGCCUGAGAUCGACAACGUCACUCAAUCUGUACCGCUGCAUUUCGUCCAUCACCGCUCAACUAGGCCUGAUGCCAUACCAUUGCUGUUUAUUCACGGAUGGCCAGGGUCCUUCCUUGAAGUCGGUAACAUUAUCGGAGAUCUGACAAACCCACCAAAUGCAUCUGUACCAGCAUUUCAUGUCGUUGCACCUUCGAUCCCAGGCUUUGGAUUCUCUCCCGCACCGACAAAGCCGGGCUUUGGUCCCGCAGCGGCUGCUUUUGCAUUCAAUGAACUGAUGCUUCAGCUUGGCUACUCCAUAUAUGUCAUUCAAGGAGGAGAUUUUGGUGGUGUCAUCCUUCGCUACCAGGCCCACCAGUUUCCAAAGAACGUGAUCUCAGCACUCAGCAAUUUCUGGAUUAUCCAGCCGAGCAAUAACGACCUUCGCCGACUGGCACAGGGAGAAGCCACGCUUGAUGAAGUUGCGUACAUCAAGAUUAUAGAGAACUAUGAGAACCAGGGAUCUGGAUACCGACUCAUCAUGUCCACGGAGCCUCUCACCCUCGCAUAUGGUAUGACGGACUCACCACUUGGGAACGCCAUGUGGAUGUAUUCGAUCAUGAGUAGGGUCAUUGACCCGGCCAUCAUGGCAUGGACUCCCGAGGAGAUCAUUACUUGGUCCAUGAUGUAUUGGAUCCAAGGUCCAUACGGGGGCAUGCGGUUCUAUAAGGAAGUUCAAAAUGAUGGGGGUUUUGAAAUACUAGACUUUGGUACCCUGCCCCUGGUUGAGGUCCCAGUUGCUAUCAGUCAAUUCCCUUGCGACUUGACAUACCGUAUGCCACUGGACUGGGCAAAGCGAGGAGGAAAUGUUCUAAAGAGAACUUUACAUGACCAUGGAGGCCACUUUGCUGCUUACGAGGUCCCUGAUCUGCUGCUUCACGAUAUAUGGUCUUGGUUUGGAGAUAAGGAAAUUUCAGGAACAAAGGCAUUCGACUAA